AAUCUUGGGAGAAAAUGUAUUCAAGAUUCUCGUUACAAUAUGAACGAGCAAAUAUAUAUAGGUGAUAGUAACUUAAUUUAUGCGAUAUAACGCUUGAACGUGUGGAUGCAAAGAUCUGGCCACUGAUAUAUAAUAAAUUAAUAUGAUGUUGAAAUAUUAUUCCGUCGUGAUACUGUGUUUUUCCGUCGUCAACGGAGAACCUGGAGAACCUAAAUGUUUUUCGAGGUUUGACUACGACGAGAAAAUUUUAAUGAAAAUAUUGAGAAUUGAGGACAAAGUUCAGAAAUUCGAGGAUUUUAUUAACGGUGUAAAGGCACGAGAAGCCAAGGAAAAGGAGGAACGCGAUGAAUUAUUUGCUGUAGAGUUAGAGAAAAGUAAAAACUGCCUGGAUUUUUUUAAUGAAGUAAAGUCCAGGGAAGAAAAGGAAAAAGAGAAACGCGAACAAUUAUUUGCGGCAGAGUUAGAAAAAUACAAACAAAAGAUUUCGGAAGAAACUGAACUAUAGAAAAAUGUGACGUCAGAAAUGCUUGAAAGUGUGGCGAGUUCUGAGAUUAAGUUUGAAACAAUCCAUGAACAGAUAAAUGAGAGAAUGAAAGGGAAAGUUGUUGCGUUCACAGUGACCACACCUAAGGCGGGUGUUACAUCAAACUUUUUGUCAUUUGCAAAGGUCAUUACAAACGAAGGGAACGCGUUUGAUACAUUGACUGGCAAGUUUACAUGCCCUGUUAGCGGGCUCUACUACUUUUCUUUACACAUCGUUAAAAAACGGUCACCUAGUGUCGACUAUGUCGGAUGUUACAUUUAUCUAAACGGAUCAUAUAAAGUGUUAGCUCACACAAAUCCACAGGACGGGUCAAAUGGUGCAGACAACGGAAGUUACGAAGCUUCGACGUCGGUGUAUUUAAAAUUGAAUGUUGGAGAUGUGGUGAUGUUAGAUAGUUGCAACAGUGGUAUAUCUGACCUCGUAGAAUCAUGGACGUCAUUCAGUGGUCAUUUAGAACAAGCAGUUUAUUAAGUUAUACGUUAUAUUAUACAUGCAUGCAUUUUUUAGAAUUUGUGUAGCAAAAAGUGCUCAGACUUCUUUCUCACUUGAUAUUUAAAAGUUCGUAUCCAAGUUUUAAAUGAUAAACACAGAUUAUCAGCUUAUUUUGAAGAGUCUGUUCAUUCGUAAAAACAGUGUGUACUUUAUUCGAUAAGACUUUUAAGUUGAGAUUUUUAUAAGAAAUUUACCCUUUAUAAAUUUUGAAAUGAUUGAUAAAAAAGCUUUAUUUUGUUCAAUUUUUAAAAUAUUAUAUUUAUAGACUGGUUCGAAUCCAGUUGUAUUCCAAUAUAUGUUUAUUUAAAUCAAGUGACCCCUGGUUUGUAAAACUAUUUUUACAUUGUGAUUACUAUGAUUACAGAAUACAUAUAAUGAAAGCGAGCAAGUAUGAUUCAGGUCAUUGUCAAACCAAUAAUAAACGCUGAGAAACAAUUUAUUCUGUUUACCUACAAUAUCUAUGUAUAUUAAAUUACUUAGACAUUCUUUGUAACAAUCUAUCUAUCUAUCUAACUGUUGAUUGGAAAAGCAAUAGACAUUUACGGUAUUAAAUUUUCGACAGAAAUUUGUUUUUGUAGUUUCAAAGAUUAAGGACAGUGUUAUUAUUAUUUAGCUAGUUUGUUGGCAUAAUAUUGUAUUAUGUUUGUUGAAUUGUCGUAAAUUUGUAUAACUUUGAUAUUUAUGUAUUCUUGUUUUGCUCUUCUUUCAAUUGAGGAAUAAAAGAUAUA